CCGGGAUUUAGCUACUGUAGGCAAAUAGAGCAGAGGGAGAAUACACAGGCCUCUGUGAGUCUAUGUGUUAGGGUGUGGGUGUGUGUGUGUGCGUGUGUGUCGGACUGCUCCACGGCAUCAUGGACACAGAAUAUUCUAAGAGGGUGUACCAAGGCGUUCGAGUGAAGCACACAGUCAAAGACCUGUUGGCGGAGAAGCGAUCCCGACAGACAAACGGGCCCAGAUACAGUGGAGGAUCCACCACUCCACCUUCAUUUGUCCAGAUGUCAGGAUCUCACAUGCUGCCCAGCUACUACAGCAUGAGGCGUCCCUUCAUGUCAGACUCAGACUUCUGCUCAUCCACCAAGCAAUUCUCCCCAGACGUCUACUCGUCCACACUGGGGGGUAAACCUCUGGGCUGUGAGCCGUCCACCAUGAGCAGCUACUCCUCCCUCAUCGACAGUUACUACCCAGAGACCUUUGGUGAUUACCGCAGCGCUGCUUUCUCCAGCUCAGGAGGAUCUUUCCUGCCCUCGUCAGCCCUCUCCUCUCUACUGCCUCCUUUUGGUGGGGAGUCCUCACAUUUAUUUCUGAGAGACUCAUGGGAGCAGUCAGUUCCAGAGCCUGUACCCCAGGUGGACUCUCUGUGUCCAGACAGUCUGGCUUCUGUCAGCGUCCCGCCCUCCAUGCCAAGCCCUGACCCCCCAGGGAGUCCAUCCCAGUACCGCUCCCCCAGCCGAGGCUCUUCCAUGAUUUCCAGCAGCCAGCCCUACACCCUGCACCCCCUGGAGGAUGCCCACUACCACCCCCUGACCACCAGCAGCUCCUACCCUCUCCCCUCCACCUCCUUCUCCUGCCCCCCGUACAUGAGCAGCCCCGUCACUGACCUGGUGUCAAAGAUGGUGACGGAGGAGGCCGACAGCCACGCCAGCCUCCCUGCUAACGGCGAGGGCCACUCCUGCUGGCCCAAAGAGGACGGAGUGAGCACCUGGUCACCAUACGAGAUCAGGAGGGCCUACUGAACAGAAAUAAUGAAGAUGGAGAUUUCACAGACAAUAAAUGGAUGAACUCAACAAAUAGAGAAAACUCAGUUCAUCAAACAUCUCUAAAGUGUUUAGGUCGACAAUGUUAGUGCUUUUAUAAAGAAAACAUUUACAUGUUGAUAUGUUUGUAGCAAUGUGUUGGACCAUGCCGCCUGUUUUACAUCCUGGUCUCAUGGGGAUUUCCUCCUGUUUGUGUAUGAUAUGUUUUUCUGUUUGAGUUUCAUGAGUUAUUGUUACAAUUAUGGACUAAAAACAACAAAAUAAACAACAUUUAGUGCUUAGUACAGCAAAUCGAAAUUACACUCCACUUUUCUGGUGUAACAGAAAGCAUUGCAGUUGUAUUUAAAAGGUUUAAUUUCAAGUUUUGCUGAAAAUAUUUUAAAUAUUUGUGUCUGUAUCUUCCCUUUUCCAAUGAACUUUUUGUUUUCCCGUGUAGAAAGUCAGUUAUACCAUCAUCAUGA